AUGAAAAUGCAGCACAAGAAGCAUGUAUAUCUUAGGAAAAUAUUUUUCUUCUUUGUUUCAGGUUCACGGGUAAAGACAUUUGCAACAAUGCAUUUCUUGUCUGAGCCUUCAGAUGUAGUCACAGUAAGAGGAGGAAAUGUGUUGUUGAACUGCACAGUGGAUUCAGAUCAAGGACCUCCAGUUAUCACAUGGAGGAAAGAUGGGGUCUACCUUAACCUGGCUGUGGAUGACAGAAAGGUACAACUACCCAACGGGUCUUUGUUAAUACAGAAUGUGGUACACUCAAGGCACCAUAGACCAGACGAAGGAAUCUAUCAGUGUCAAUCCACACUUGAAGGAGUGGGUGCCAUUGUAAGCAAGACAGCUAAAGUAACAAUAGCAGGUCCUUUAAGGUUCCUGUCUCAGACAGAUGCUACCAGUGCCUUUUCUGGGGAUACUGUGAUACUAAAAUGUGAUGUAACUGGAGAACCCAUUCCAACCAUCCACUGGCAAAAGAACCAGGAGGACCUGAAACUAAGUUCUACAGAUGCAAGGGUCAUUGCAUUACCAUCUGGAGCCUUACAAAUAAAUAAAGCCCAACCAAGUGACUCUGGAAUUUAUAGAUGUGUAGCAAAACUUCUUGGCAGUAUAAAAGUUGGGAAUGACGCAGAAAUUAAAGUUCUUCCAGAGUCUCAGACACAGAGAGCAUUGACUUUCUUGCAAAGGCCAACAAACACCAAUGCUUUGGAAGGAACUGAUGUUGUUUUAGAGUGUUCGGCUAAUGGCUUUCCACCACCUGGAUUUAUCUGGAUGAAAGGGGAGGAGCAGCUGCAACUACAAAGCAGGUCAAGAAAGUACUCCCUUCUAGGCAACAGCAACCUACAAAUUUCAGAUGUCACAGAAGAUGAUAAUGGGAUAUAUACAUGUGUGUCUACGUACAAAAGUGAAAAUCUCAGUGCCUCGGCAGAACUUCAUGUUAUUGUUCCACCAAAGUUUUUGAACCACCCUUCAAAUCUUUAUGCAUAUGAGAGCAUGGAUAUUGAAUUUGAAUGUGCAGUCACAGGAAAACCAUUCCCGUCUGUCAAAUGGCUUAAAAACGGAGAGGUGGUCAUACCCAGUGAUUAUUUCCAAAUCACCGGGGACACUAAUUUGAGAAUACUUGGCCUUGUAAAAUCAGAUGAAGGCUUUUACCAGUGUGUAGCAGAGAAUGAGGCAGGAAACAUACAAACCAGUGCGCAAUUAAUCAUCCCUGAACCAGCCAUCAUAAGUUCCAGUGCCCUCCCUUCUGCACCCAGAGAUGUUGUUCCUGUCCUGGUGUCCAGUCACUUUGUUCGUCUCAGCUGGCGUCCACCUGCAGAAACACAAGGGGAUAUUCAAGCAUACACUGUGUUCUUCACCAGGGAAGGUGCUAACAGGGAGCGAGCAGUCAAUACAUCGCAGCCUGGGACUCUUCAGCUGACAGUUGGAGGUCUGAAGCCAGAAGAGUCGUACUUGUUUAGAGUGGUAGCUUACAAUGAGAGGGGACCAGGAGAGAGCUCAGAACCUGUUAAAGUAUUUACAAAGCCUGAGUUGCAGGUGCCAGGGCCACUGGAAAACCUAAAAGCAAUAGCAACCUCACCUACCUCCAUUUUUGUUUCCUGGGACCCCCCUGCAUAUACAAGCAGUCCUAUUCAAGGCUAUAGGUUACUGUGCACAGAAUCUUCAACAGGGAAGGAACAGAACAUUGACGUUGAUGGCCUUUCAUACAAGUUUGAAGGGCUGAAAAAGUUUGCUGAGUAUACUCUAAGGGCUCUAGCUUAUAAUCAGUAUGGACCAGGGGUCUCUAGUGAAGAUAUUACAAUUACAACACUUUCUGAUGUUCCUAGUGCUGCACCUCAGAAUGUGUCCUUAGAAGUAAUCAACUCAAGGAGUGUCAAGAUAAGUUGGUUACCUCCUCCAGUGAAUAUGCAGAAUGGAUUUAUCACAGGUUACAGAAUACGCCACAGAAAAACAAGUCGCAGGGGUGAAGUGGAAACUCUGGAACCAAAUAACUUGUGGUAUACCCUAACAGGGCUUGAAAAGGGAAGCCAGUACAGUUUUCAGGUGGCUGCAAUGACAACAAAUGGAACAGGACCAACUUCAGAUUGGUAUACAACUGAAACUCCAGAGAAUGACCUUGAUGAAUCCCAAGUACCUGAUCAACCAAGUUCACUUCACGUCAGGCCUUUGACAACAAGCAUCGUAAUGAGCUGGACUCCACCUAUGAACCCUAAUAUUGUCGUACGAGGUUACAUCAUUGGAUAUGGUGUGGGUAGCCCCUAUGCUGAAACUGUAAGGGUGGACAGCAAGCAACGAUAUUACUCAAUUGAAAAGUUGGAACCAAGUUCACAUUAUGUGAUAUCACUAAAAGCUUUUAACAAUGCUGGUGAAGGGGUUCCACUCUACGAAAGUGCGACCACAAGAUCAAUGACAGACCCCACAGACCCAUUUGAUAUUGAUUUGUACCAUUCAUUUGAUGACUUCCCUACCUCAGUCCCCGAUGUGUCCACCCCCAUGCUCCCACCAGUAGGUGUACAGGCUGUUGCCCUGACGUCAGAGUCAAUGAGGGUCAGCUGGGCAGAUAACUCCAUUUCGAAGAAUCAGAAGACAACAGAAGUGCGGUUUUAUACUGUUCGUUGGAGGACCAGCUACUCGACCAGUGCAAAAUACAAGUCUGCAGAUACAACAGCUUUAAGUUAUAUUGUCACUGCGCUGAAACCCAACACCAUGUACGAGUUCUCUGUCAUGGUAACAAAAGGUCGAAGGUCAAGCACAUGGAGCAUGACAGCCCAUGCAACAACAUAUGAGUCAGCCCCGACAUCAGCACCUAAAGAUCUGACUGUUAUCACACGGGAAGGGAAGCCUCGCGCAGUUAUCAUCAGCUGGCAGCCACCUUUGGAAGCCAAUGGAAAGAUUACAGGUUACAUCCUGUUCUAUACUAUGGAAAAGAACUCGCCAAUAGAUGACUGGGUUAUGGAACUAAUUAGUGGAGACAGACUCACCCAUCAAAUCAUGGACUUAAACCUUGACACCGUUUAUUACUUCAGGAUCCAGGCACGCAACACGAAAGGAGUUGGGCCACUUUCUGAGCCGAUUCUAUUUCGAACUCCUAAAGUUGAGCACCCUGACAAAAUGGCUAAUGAUCAAGGUCGACAUGGAGACGGGGUUUAUUGGCCAGCAGACACAUCACUGAUUGACAGAAGUAGUCUCAAUGAACCUCCUAUAGGGCAGAUGCACCCUCCUCAUGGCAGUGUGGCUCCACAGAAGAACAGUAACCUGCUGGUGAUCAUCGUAGUAACCGUAGGCGCCAUAACCGUUGUGGUUGUAGUCAUUGUUGCAGUAAUUUGCACCAGACGGUCUUCAGCACAGCAAAGGAAGAAGCGAGCAACACACAGUCUUGGAAAGAGGAAAGGCAGCCAGAAAGACCUAAGACCUCCAGAUCUUUGGAUCCAUCAUGAAGAAAUGGAGAUGAAAAACAUUGAGAAACCCUCAGGGUCUGACCCAUCUGUUAGAGAUUCUCCUAUGCAGGGACAAGAAAUCACUCAAGUUAGCCACAGCCAGUCAGAAAGUCAAAUUGGCAGCAAAAGUAGCUCACACUCUGGUCAUGAAGCAGAGGAAGUAGGAAGUGCCAUGUCCACGCUGGAACGCUCUCUUGCAGCUCGAAGAGCAACACGUGCCAAGCUUAUGAUUCCAAUGGAUUCACAGUCUGCCAACCCACCUGUUGUAAGUGCCAUCCCAGUGCCAACAUUAGAGAGUGCCCAGUACCCAGGAAUUUUGCCAUCGCCAACAUGCGUCUAUCCUCAUCCACAGUUUACUCUGCGACCAGUGCCAUUUCCAACUCUGUCUGUCGAGCGAGGCUUUGGACCAGGUACAGCUGAGGGAGCGACAUCACAACAGUCAUCUUUGUUAGCACAAACACAACCUGAAAGUUCAUCUACAGAUGAAGCACCAAGCAGAACUAUUCCCACAGCUUGUGUUCGGCCAACACAUCCUCUUCGCAGCUUCACCAACCCUCUGCUACCUCCACCUAUGAGUGCAAUAGAGCCAAAGGUUCCUUACACACCGCUUCUCUCUCAAACAGGUUCCAGCCUACCAAAGGCACAAGUAAAGACAGCAUCACUUGGAUUGGCAGGAAAAGCAAGGUCUCCCCUACUUCCUGUUUCAGUACCUACAGCUCCAGACGUCACAGAAGAAGGACACAAAAAAGCAGAAGAUCAUGCAAACGUUUAUGAACAGGAUGACCUCAGUGAACAAAUGGCAAGCCUAGAAGGACUAAUGAAACAACUAAAUGCUAUUACAGGCUCAGCAUUUUAACUACUAUCCAUGGACAAAGAAGAAAUAUUUCAACCUGGGAAACAAAUGUGGCAUGCCAGUAUUCCACAUUGUUGCAGUAUCUUCAUGUGGCCAAAUAAUUCACCAGUGUUCCAGAUGGCUUCAACAUAUACAUAAACCCUGUUUCCAGUCAACAUAAUUUAGUGUUCCUUACAGAGCUUAAGGACACCAGUGAAAUGUAUAUGUUUUGGAAAUUAACUGUUACAUCACAGCAGUGUUUCCUGCUGUUUAAAUUAUUACACCCUUUUGUUUAAAAAAAUAUGAUCAUAUAUAGUACAUUAAUUACCAGAAAACAUUCAGACAACAUUCAGAAUCUGGGAUUAUUUCAAAGUCAGACUUCAAGUUUUCUAUUCUUAAUGAAAUUUAUAUGUGAUGCCCUUUUUUCUAUUACGUGAAAAUGCAGUCACAGAACACUCUGGUCAAGUGCAAACCAAACCCUCAAAAGUAGUCAAAGAGAAUAUGAUAUGAGAUUGAAGUGAGAUUCACAUAAUAGAAAUGCAACACGACAAUAUGCACAAAACAUACAAACCAUCAGAGAGAGAAGAAAUAUAAAUGUGCCCUGAUAAAAUGUGAUGAUGUUAUGCCAGAAAUGUGAUCAGUAUGUAACUCUCAUCAGUUUAAAUGAAUCCUUUUGCACUGGCAGCAGACAGGACAACCAUGUUUUGCAGGAAUAUAUGUAAAUAAAGUGGAUAGUGGGUUAUAAUGAAAACACAACUCUUAAAUUGACUGUGAUGUAUUAAAUCCAGUCAUUAUUUAUUCAGAAUAAAUCAUUAUGAUAGUCACAUUUUA